AAAUGUCAGAAGAAAUUGUUAAACAAAUGGUUAAAUUUAUACAUUCAUUACUGGUAUCUAUACCCCAGUAUGUCUUGGGUUCCUUAUCUGCUAUAGCGAUCUUAGGGGCCACACCAAACGAUGCGAUCAUUAUGAGCACAUAUUGGCUCAAACUUGAUUACUUUGUUGAAGAUAAUAAUAAUAGAGCGAUAUCUGAUGAUGGUGUUACAAUACUCAACUACAGGCUUUUUGGAUGGCAUACUAAACAAAUGGAGCUCACCCAGGAUCAGAAAGAACGUAUGAAAGGAUGUGUGGCUGGGGCAUCAAUAUUAGAUCGUCUCAGUUACAUAGUAUCCAUUUAUUACAUAGUAGUGGGGAUACUUGCAGGUAUAGUCAGGGCAAUCGGACCAUGUAUCAAAGAGGAAUGGCCAUAUAUACCACUAGCAUUGGCUUGGACUUUGCCAGCAAUUUGUAAGAGAGUGAUGGGAGGAAUAGUGGUGGUCCACAAUCCCAAUGAAAGGAUUGUUGGGCAAAUAAGAAUAAGUAAUUCACCAAGAGAUAGAAGACUUCACAUUAUUGAGACUGGUUUAUUCUCAAUUAUAACUCCAUGGCUAGCAGUAAUUCUGGCCUAUUUCACAAACCCAAUCGG